UGUGGACCAAAUGGAGCUAUACGAUCCUUCCUGGAAGGCAAAUCUGAUGUUGACUAAAAGCUCUUCAUUUGUUCAUAAAUUUCUUGCAUCAGACUUGUUUACCCAAAUAUUCAUCUCUUGUAUUUUGCUUUCUCUACCUUCUCCAAACUCAGCUGCACAAGAUCCUUCUGUUAUCACUGAUCAUGGCUUCUACUUCUUCCACUCCUCCCAAUCAGGGGAAGAAAUGGGAUGUUUUUAUUAGUUUUAGAGGCGACGAUACGCGUUAUGGUAUUCUCUCCCAUCUCUCUAGAGCCUUGAAGGACAAACAAAUCAAGACUUUUACGGAUGAAGAGCUCCAUAAAGGAGAAGAGAUCUCACCAGAGCUCUUGAAAAUAAUCCGGGAAUCAAGUGUCUCAAUAGUCAUUUUCUCUGAAAAUUAUGCAGAUUCUCCAUGGUGUUUGGAUGAGCUUGUUGAGAUACUUAAAUGCAAGGAAGAAUCAGCACAAAUAGUUCUACCGGUUUUUUACAAAGUAGAUCCAACUGACGUUCAAAAGCUUUCAGGGAAUUUCGGGAAGGCAUUUGCUAUUGCUAUGCAUGGGGAAAAAGGCAGUUCACAAAAGGUGGACAAGUGGAAGCGUGCUUUGAUGGAAGUAAGCAACUUAUCAGGAUGGGAUUCACAGAAAAUCAAAUAUGAGGCCAAAUUGGUUGAGGGAAUUGUCAAUGAUGUUCUGAAAAAAUUUAGUGAUAUGUCUAAAGGUGAUGAUUCUUAUGAUCGCAACUUGAUUGGAAUUAAACUGCGUGUGGAAGAAGUGGAACGGUUGUUAAAUGAGAAGCAGAUUGUAGGAAUUUGGGGGAUGGGAGGCAUUGGUAAAACAACUAUUGCACAAGAAGUAUUUCAUCGAAACAAGAAUAAAUUUGAUGGUCAUUGUUUCGUUGAAAAUGAUCGAAACCAUUUAAAAGAUUUAGCAGGAGAUUGUGAUUUGUAUGGUGAGGGAAGUAGAAUCAUCAUAACUAGUAGAGAUUCACUUGGUUUAUCAGAGGAAGACAGAUAUGAGGUUGAGAAGUUAAGUGAUUCUCAAGGUCUGGAACUCUUUAGCUUGCAUGCCUUCGAGCAAAAUCUUUCCAAGGAAGAAUAUAAGGAGCUAUCAAACAAGGCAAUAAACUAUCUGGAGGCAAUCCAUUAG